UCAAAAAGGAGCUUGUGAGAACGUUCCCUUCACUAGAUUUAUUGUACAGAACUUUCUAUUCUGCUGAACUAACUGUAGAUGAGAAACAUGCUUCUGGGCACUACUACACUUCCCACCCUCGUGCGCACACCUACGUUGAUGAUGCAGCCUUCCCUGGAUAUCAAACCCUUUAUGUCCUUCCCUGUGGACAGCAGCUCUGCUGUUGGAUUCUUCCCAAAUUUUAACACAAUGGAUCCUGUGCAAAAAGCAGUCAUAAACCAUACAUUUGGAGUGUCCAUUCCCCCAAAGAAGAAACAAGUCAUUUCCUGUAAUGUCUGCCAGCUUCGCUUUAACUCUGAUAGCCAGGCCGAGGCCCACUACAAAGGAAGUAAACAUGCCAAGAAGGUCAAAGCACUAGAGGCAACGAAAAAUAAACCCAAAGUUGGUUCUUCCAAGGACAGCGCAAAGGCUAACACAAGCUGCUCCACCACGCCAGUCACAGCCAACAUCUCUGACAAAUCAGAAGAUAAAGGGAAGGCAAAAGCCAAUAGUGCAAGUCAGCAGUCCAGCACAGAAGUGGGUCCUUUCCUUCCCAAAGCUGGAGUGGCAGCAGUGGCACCUGUAACACCUGCCUCAUCCUCCAAGAGCACGAAUGGAGCUCCGAAUGCAGUUUCUGAGUCAGAAGAAGAAAAAGCCAAAAAACUACUUUACUGUUCAUUAUGCAAAGUGGCUGUGAAUUCCCUGUCACAACUAGAAGCCCACAAUACAGGCUCCAAGCACAAGACCAUGGUCGAGGCUCGGAACGGUGCUGGUCCCAUCAAGUCUUACCCUAGACCUGGAUCCCGGCUGAAGGUGCAGAACGGCAGUAAAGGCUCAGGACUGCAGAACAAGACGUUUCAUUGUGAAAUCUGUGAUGUCCAUGUUAAUUCAGAAAUCCAACUUAAACAGCACAUUUCCAGCCGAAGGCAUAAGGACAGAGUUGCAGGAAAGCCUAUGAAACCUAAAUAUAGUCCUUACAACAAACUGCAGCGCAGCCCAAGUAUUUUAGCAGCAAAACUUGCAUUCCAGAAGGACAUGAUUAAGCCGCUGGCACCUGCUUUCCUUUCAUCUCCUCUUGCUGCGGCUGCAGCUGUGUCGUCAGCUCUGUCCCUUCCUCCCCGUCCCUCUGCCUCCUUGUUCCAGGCGCCUGCAAUACCACCAGCUCUCCUCAGGCCAGGCCAUGGUCCCAUCCGUGCAACACCUGCCUCCAUACUUUUUGCACCGUACUAA